UCAAAUCCUAGAAUCUUAUUAAUAAAACACUAAAGGGGCAGCUAGAUAACACAGUGGAUAAAGCACCAGAUCUGGAUUCAGGAGGACCUGAGUUCAAAUCCGGCCUCAGAUACUUGACACUUACUAGCUAUGUGACCCUGGGCAAGUCACUUAACCCUCAUUGCCCUGCAAAAAAAAUAAAAAAAUAAAAUAAAAUAAAGCACUAAAAUAGACUUUAUCAAAUGUUGUCCUAAAAUCUAGGUAUAUUACAUUUCUAGGGCCUUCCCUUGAUCUGCCAAACAAUAUUAUUAAAAAGAAGAAAUUAAGUAAAUUUGGCUUGAUUUGUUCUUCAUGAACCUAUUUUGCUCAGAGUGAUCACCACAGUCUUUGCUAAAUAGUCACAAAUAUUUGUUUAAUAGUACAUUUUAGGGGCAGCUAGGUGGUGCAGUGAAUAGAGCACAGGUCCUGGAGUCAGGAGGAUGUGAGUUCAAAUCAGGCAUGAGACACUUAACACUUACUAGCUGUGUGACCCUGGGCAAGUCACUUAACCCCAAUUGCCUCACCAAAAAAACAAAAACAAAAGCAAAAAACCAAUAGUACAUUUUAGACAAUUGCCAAAGAUAGAUAUCAUAUAUAUAUAUAAAAUAUUUGUAGUUGCUGUGGUAUGUGUAUUAGAAAGAAGGUGAAGAGAAUCAAAUGAGAGAUCUUUUUGGCAGAGAAGUAUAGCUCUGGAAUUGUAUGGUUCCUGGAUGACUUUUCUUAUGUUUCCAUCCAUGUUUCAUUCAUGUGUGACCCUGGGGAAGUCUUGUGCAAGGAGCUGUCCUAUGGCUUUGAUCACAAGAAUCUCUGAAGGGGUGGUGGAUGUUUCUAUCAUGAGGCCAGAAAUAGCUGUGUCCUUGACAAUACCUUCUCUAUUUUUGGGUGCGCCUGUGUUGGAGAUCAUGAGAUUUUCACGCUAGUAACACCAGCAUAUCAUGGUGCCAAUUCUACAUUUUUCCUUCCCUCAAAUAGUUUGGUGAAUGGAGUGCAAUGCUUAGGCCAGUAACUACAGCUAAUACAAGUAUUGAUUGUAGGAAUGCUUAUAUAAUCACAACCUCUCAGGCCCUUCCACAAUGGGUGCUCUGAUGCUGCCUGAGCCUAUGAUUCUAUCCCUGCCUUUUUAAAGAGACAGAAGGAAGAAAGAACAUUAUAGAGUCAGCUGGUCUUUAGGACUGAUCCUUGAAUUGUUCCCACUGAUUGGACACACAUAGUGUUCAACUGGGAGAAAAGAAGCCCUUUAAUGGGAGACUACCAGAGCUUAAAGACAGGCUUUGGUUGGUCUUUAUGGUUGAGUAUUUUUGGAGAAGGAACUAUUGUACCUUCAAUGUUGGAUAUAAAGCAGGAAGAGAAACUAGGAUUUGCAUACACUGAUGUAUGUCAAUAUUUUAGACUGGGAGGAGGCAGUUCUAUGGGAAUUUCCCAAAUAUCACUAAAUAAAGAGUUUUAAGACUUGUUAAUGGAGUAACUCUCUCAGAUCAUCAGGGAAGCCAAUAGACAUUCAUCUGGCUAAAUGCCAGUCUGAAAGGCUAGAAGAAGAGGCGAGCUUGGAGUCAAGGUAAGUGGCAUGGCCGUCAGGCAAGCAAAAGAAUUUUGAAAUUAAGACAUGUAGGGGCCCUUUGCCAAGGAGAAACUUCUCAGCCUUUCUAUAACCUGUGCUUCAGAGAGGGGUGUUCUUAAUUUUCUGGUCUGGCACUACCAGUGGGCUUAGUCCUGGGACAAUAAAAAGGGUCCCUUAGGAAAGCAGAAGAAAGUUGUGAUUAGGCUGGUAAACUUUAUCACCCCAAAUGUCCAGCUAUAUUGUUAUCAUUGGUGACACCAUGACUAGGGAUGACAAAAAUAUACUUCCUUUGUGUGGGUAUGGAUCUGACAUAGCAGUAAAACAACAUUUAACAGUCACUUAGGAAGAAAGAUGAGAGGGACUUAAACCUAGAAGAGAUUUGAAAGAAGGUUGGAAAUGAUUGUCAUUCCCAUUAUCAACUUUGCCUGUAAGAAGUUUGGGCCAAGAAGACUUAAGUGUAAAAGUAUGAAAAGACUCCUGAAGAUAAAGCUAUUUGAAGCCUCUUCCUCAACUGGAGAUAACAUAGAAAGAGAACAAGGAAUCUUUGACUGCCACUUCUAGAGAAAAGCCCAGCAAACUGGAAGCCCAAAAUAACAGUUUCCUGCAUGCCAAAACCAUUGGACAGAGGACUCGCAGUAACUCAACAAGUGUGAAUCCAUACUGGAUUGGCGAAAUUGACUUCCCAAUGACCAAAAAAUCUGCUGCUUGUAGAGACAGACAACCUUAUUCUCUUUAUAGCAACAGAAAAUCACUCUCUCAGCAACUGGACUGCUCAGCAGGAAAAACUACAGCCAUUUCAAGACCUUCUCGGUCACUUAGCACAGCCCAGCUCACUCAGCCGCCAGCUAGCUUGCAGGCUUCUGUCAUCUCUAACAUUGUGCUGAUGAAGGGCCAGGCCAAGGGGUUGGGUUUUAGUAUUGUUGGUGGAAAGGACAGCAUCUAUGGCCCUAUUGGUAUCUAUGUCAAGACAAUCUUUGCUGGGGGAGCAGCUGCUGCUGAUGGAAGGCUACAAGAAGGGGAUGAGAUUCUGGAACUCAAUGGAGAAUCAAUGGAUGGAUUAACACAUAAUGAUGCUUUGCAGAAAUUCAAGCAAGCCAAAAGAGGACUCCUCACUCUCACAGUCAGGACCAGCUUGAGUGCUCCCCAUUCAGUGUCCAACUACCUUUCUCCUCAACUGUGCCGUUCACUGAGUUCAAGUACCUGUAUCACCAAGGAGAAUAGUUCUUUUGGUCUGGAAAGCUCAUCCUUCUCAACCAACACUGCCAAGCCCAAUGAUAGGAUCAUAAUGGAAGUUUCUCUAAAGAAAGAGGCUGGAGUAGGCUUGGGAAUUGGCCUAUGCAGCAUCCCUUACUUCCAGUGUAUCUCUGGGAUAUUUAUUCAUACUCUUUCCCCAGGAUCAGUGGCUCAUUUAGAUGGACGCCUCAGAUGUGGUGAUGAAAUCAUAGAAAUUAAUGAAAUCUCAGUUCAAAACAUGACUCUUAAUGAAGUGUAUGCCAUUCUAAGCCAUUGUGAUCCUGGAGCAGUGCCAGUGAUUAUCAGCAGGCAUCCUGAUCCACAGGUGUCUGAACAGCAACUAAAAGAAGCUGUGGCCCAGGCUGUGGAGAAUAGCAAAUUUGGAAAAGAGAGACAUCAUUGGAGUUUGGAAGGUAUUAAAAGGCUAGAGAGUAGCUGGCACGGCAGACCCACAUGUGAAAAGGAGAGUGAGAAGAGCUAUGUUCCUUUCCACCGAAGAUCUCAGAAAGUCAUGAUCCGAUCUAGUAGCGACAGCAGUUACACCCCUGCCUCAUCUGCUGGGAAUAGCAACAACAGCAGCCCACAGCAGCCCUCAGACUCGGAGACAAGAGCUGCCAGUGUGAAUGUCCCUAUGACCCAAGAGCCUGGUUUAUUGAUUACAUCUUCAAGAACCAGUCCAGAGAGCCAAAUUCCAGUGGGGACGGAGGAGUGCCACCCACCCUUGAAAGUCAAGAAAUCCUUUGAGAUUCUGGUUAGAAAGCCCACGUCUUCCAAGCCCAAACCUCCACCCAGAAAAUACUUUAAAACAGGGGCAGCCACUAGUGAUCAGCAGCAGAGCAUUGAUGGGAAAGAGUUUUCAGGAUCAGUUGAACAAACAUCUCCAACUAAUGACCAAGAAGUGGGAAACCUGCAACUACGGGGAAAGAAAACUGUUAUAGCUCAGAGUGAAGUCCCAUCUUGCUCAGAAUCAAGAGUUUUGGUUCAAGCAGAGAGUGCUAAGGCUCUUGCCUCAAGUACAGGAAAAUCAGAACAAGAGAAUGUAUCCAGGACAGGUGCCAUCUCACUAGUGAAGCAUCCUUUACUUAAAAGACAAGCUCGGGUAGAUUACAGCUUUGACUGUACUGUGGAAGACCCUUGGGUCCGAAUUUCAGAUUGCAUCAAAAAUUUAUUUAGCCCCACCAUGAGCGAAGACCACAGUCACUUAGACCUCAGGUCUGAUGCCAAUUCUAAUGAGGAAAACCGCCAAUGUGGCCUCUCUGAUGGGGUGUUACAGAAGCUUGAAAGUGCAGGUGACAUUUCCAAAGGUUACAAAGCUGAAGAGAAUGGCAACGUGAAGAAAGGCCCUCCUGUAGCUCCCAAACCAGCCUGGUUUCGUCAGAGCUUGAAAGGACUAAGGAAUCGAUCUGGAACCACAGACCCCAAAACUCUACCAGAUCAAAGCACUCCUGCCCAACCCAGUCCCACUUCCAGGGAGCGCUCAGUGUUUUCAGGCAGAUCUUCAUCCAUCAAACAGAGGAUCAGUUCUUUUGAAACAUUCAGUACUUCUCAUCCCCCAGAGAAAGGAAACCAGAGACUGUUUCCCAAGCUCUCCCUCACACAGAGAGAAAAAUCUGGUAAACAAGAUACGGGAGUCACCACUGAACUCUUCUCUCAAGAUCCCCGCCGUACUACUGAGCAGCAGGCUUCUGCAAAGACCUCUGUGUCCCUAGACUCACCCACUACUUUAGUUCCCAAAGACUCAAACUUGUCUGAUUCACCCCCACCAGCGCGUCCAUCCAGCCCUCAGAGAAGUCAUGACACUGACAAUGAGGUCUUGAGUCUGCUCCAGGCACAGAUCACGGAGUCACAGUGCCUCCUUGUGAAUAACGCUCCCAUCCAGCGAGCACGGAGCUUCCCCCUCACCACACACCAGGCUUAUGAGAUGAAGGAGGCAGAGGAGAAAUCUAGCAAGCUCUACUCCAUCAGUAGCCAAGUGUCAUCAGCCUUAAUGAAAUCUUUCCUUUGCCUUCCUCCAUCUCCAAUAUCCUGUGGACACAGUCCAUGGAAUCCUCGGGAAAGGUCAUCUCCAACACCUGUGGAAGAUAUGAGGACUGUUAGUCCUUCAAAUGAAAAUACUUCUAUGGACAUGGGGUUUUCGCUAAACCUUUCUGAGCUGAGAGACUAUUCUGAGGGUCUGACAGAGAAUGAGCAGGUGGAGGAUGGUAGCAACUCUCCUCAUUCUACAUGUGGUUCUGGACAAUCUGUCAUCUCUCUACUUACUCGGGAAGAAUUAAAGAAGCUCAUAGAGGAAGUGAAGGCACUAGAUGAAGCCACAUUAAAGCAAUUUGACAGCAUCCAUGUUACCAUUUUGCAUAAGGAAGAAGGGGCUGGCCUUGGAUUCAGUUUAGCAGGAGGAGUUGACCUAGAAAACAAGGCAAUCACGGUUCACCGUGUAUUUCCUAAUGGGCUGGCCUUUCAAGAAGGGACCAUACAGAAAGGAGAUGAGGUCCUAUCUAUUAAUGGGAAAUCUCUUAAAGGCACAACACAUAAUGAAGCCUUGGCCAUCAUCCGCCAAGCUAGAGACCCAAAGCAGGCCGUUAUUGUGACGAGGAAAGUGCAGGAAGAUGAGACAGGGCUGAAUUCUUCCAUUGAGUCUGCAUCUUCAGCAGCCAGUGAGGUUUCCACAGAAUCGACAACUGAAGUUACCAUCUGUACUGUAACUCUUGAAAAGACAUCUGCCGGUUUAGGAUUCAGUUUGGAAGGAGGAAAAGGCUCAAUUCAUGGAGAUAAGCCUAUAUCAGUUAACAGAAUUUUCAAAGGGGUAGCUUCAGAACAAAGUGAUGUAGUCCAGCCCGGAGAUGAAAUAUUGCAGCUCAACACCACCACAAUGCAAGGACUUACUCGUUUUGAAGCCUGGAAUGUUAUAAAAUCUUUACCUGAUGGGCCCAUCACUGCUGUCAUCAGGAGAAAAGGACUCCAUCCCUCCCUGGCCAAAUCUUCUGAACAGUCCCAGGGGAAGGACUGAUGGUUGCAGCCCAGAAGCAACAAACAUCUCCUUCCCUCAAAUUUUUCUCUCUCAGGACUUCUUCUCCCACAAUGCAGAUGUUGGGAAAGACCAGAUGUCUGACUCUGGCAAUUGCUGGAUAUCAUCAACUUUCUGGGACACCAUCCAACAGCAGGUUGUCCAGAAAAUGAAGAUCCAUAAUUGCCUUCAGGAGCUCAGUAUUCUGCAACAGCUGAUCAUACAGACUAUGUAGACUUUGUAAAAAGAAUAUACAUAUGGAGAGAUCAUAUCGGUGAUACAAUGGUAUAAUAAAGAGAGGUUAAUUUGGUUCACUUCAAAAGCCAUUUUCUGAUUUUAAAAUUGUUUUAAUUGGGCCAGGGAGAGCAAUGGGAAACUUGGGGUGAGGAAAGGGAAGAGGAAGUUGUGUAAUUUUGGAAGACAGCAUUGGUACCAAUGGGUAGGGGAUUUCCUAAACAAAUUAGGGGACUUUAUGUGAUGAGAAUAUGUGAAAAGAGGAAAUGGGGAUUGUUGGAUAGCAGACUUUUGUACAGAGGUAGACCUGACCCAUAUGAUUUAAGACUUUCUAUAUCUGAAAGGAAUCAGUGGGGGAAAGAGGGAAGAAGGUAACACACACACAUGUGUGUAUGUAUAUAUGUAUGUAUGUGUGUAUUGUAUAUAUGUGUGUAUAUAUAUAUAUGUGUACUAAAAGUAAUAUCUUAUAUUUCUGUGGUACUUUUAUUGAAUGAUUUCAAAGUACUUUAUAUCAGUUCCCAUACCAUUAAGUUUAUCUCCCCUGGAGGGCUGGGUUCCCAUGUCUUGAUAGCUGACUUGGGUAGUUAGGUGGUAGUGGAUAGGGUGCUAGACUUAGAGUCAUGAAUGCCUGAGUUCAAAUCCUCUCUCAGACACAUACUAGUUUUGUGACCUCUGCCCCUUUCAGUUUCCUCAUCUACAAAAGAGGGAUAAUAAUAGAAUCUACCCCCUCAGGGUUGUUGUGAGGAUAGAAUGAGAUAACAUAAAGUACUUUGUGUUUCUUAAAGCCCUAUAUAAAUGCUAGCUGAUGCUACUACUAAUACUAUCAUGCUAAUGAGUUAGGGAGGGGUAGGUAUGAUAUAGUAUUAAGGGCAAUAAGAUGGCAGAUCCAACAUUCCCACUUGUUAGACAAGUGAAGUCUGAAAAGUUAAUCUUUCUGAGGCCUAGUUUCCUAAAUUUCUGGGUAAUUUAAUCAUUCUAUUAAUAAGGCCAGAAGUUUAUUAAUAAAAGGAUGGUUGUUUGGCCAUUUCUCUCAGAUGGAAGACAAUCAUAGUGGUGGGGCUCACAGCUUAUAUACCCUUUAAAUGGUCAAUGGGGCAAAGAGUUGACCCCUUGCACAGAGAGAUUAUCUCCACUCAGAACACCCCUAGCCUUGGGCUAUCAAUUCAAAGAAUGUAUCCCCUCUUCAAGAGGGAGGCAAAGGGUUAGAAGUGACCCCUGGACAAGAGAAGCCUUCAGCUCUCUAGGCAAUUGGGUCUGCCUCUAGUUAAUCUUGUGUAGAACACAAUGAGUUUCCCCAUCCUAGAUUAAAUUCUUUCGAUGAUUGGGUGGGGUCUGACCAAGUUGAGGAGAGUUAAUGAAAUUUCACUUAGCAAUAUCCUCCAGGAAAAAGGAACUUUUAAAAAUGAGGAAUUGAGAAGAUAAGAGCUUCUGAAUCUCCCCAAGAUAUUGGUUAUUAAUGAUUAUUUCUCACAGUUAUGUACUGCCUGGGAUUGUCACAGCUAUUAAAUGUGAUAAUCCCAAAGAACUUGCAGAUGGAAUUGCUGAGCUGACCUCUGAAUGAUCAUGAAGAAGUUCUUCAGUACCAGAGAAAGGCAACUGUCACAAUAAGCCAGUGAGCUUGACUUUGAUCCCCAAGAGAAUUCUUGAAUAUAUUUUUAAAGAGUCACAAGGAUUCAGCAUGGUUUCACCAAGAAGCAGUCAUGCCAAACAAGCUUUCUUUCCUUUUCUGACAAGGCUAUUACAUUUGGUUUACUAUACACAGGGUUACCAAACAAUCUCUGAGCCUGCCACAUAGUAGUUUCCUAAUGUAGUUUCCACAUAGUAGUUUCCUAAUUCAGUAGACAGGGAGCUAUUGUUCCCAUUCCUGUUCACCAUUUGAUCAUGUUUCUCAUGCUGUCCUUGUGGAUAGGAUGAAGAAAAGUCAGUUAAAUGAUAGAACAGUUAGAUGGAUUCUGAGUAUGGUGACUGACUGGAAUUACAGAGCAAGGAUUCAUGGUUUGAUGUCAGCUUAGAGAGAAGUCUCCAGUGGAGUGCCUCAGGGAUUCGGACUUCAGUGAUUUCUAAGUAGUCGAUUACAGUAUCAGUGAAAGAAAGAAAAAUACAGAGUCCAGAUAAACAAAAACAGAAUUUUAAUGGUGCAAAAACCACCUUCCACUUUCACCUAUAUUCUUCAACCUGGAAAUGCUAAAAUUAAUCAAUUAUCACUGUCAAGUUUAGAUAGGGGUGUGGUAAAAAGUUUUAACAGUCGGUUAGAUAAUGGAGAGACGCCAGUU